GAUGGGUGGUCGACAGCUUGACAAACCAGAGCCACGUGCACGAGUGCUGCUGACACCCGAGCGGUCCGGUGUAAAUCACUGCAAUGGCAGAGAAGUAGGGGAGGAGGGUGGAGGACACCGGCUACAGCCCUGCCUCCUAUCUGCAUGUGAACACACGGCGCUGCAGACGCACGACAGGCAGGCAACACCAUCACAGGGGCAACAAAGGGACGCAUGGUUCAUCUCAGGCAGCAUAUGAAGAAGUGAUUCAUUGAGACAAGUUUCGCUUUCAAGAUACACGUUCUGUUUCAUCUGUCCUCACCUCAAAGGUUGUAUUUGCACUACUAAGUCAUGGAGCUGGAGCACUUUGAUGAGCGGGACAAGGCUCAGAGAAAUACCAGAAGGGGCUCAAGAGGGAAUGGGCUCCCCAGCCCCACACACAGUGCUCACUGCUGCCUUUACAGGACCAGGACACUGCAAGCACUGAUAUCAGAAAAGAAGGCCAAGAAGAUUCGCUUCUACCGCAAUGGGGACCGCUACUUCAAAGGGAUUGUGUAUGCUAUUUCUCAGGAGAAAUUUAGGUCCAUAGAAGCACUCCUGGCUGACCUCACUAGAGCUCUGUCAGACAAUGUCAACUUGCCACAAGGUGUGCGAACCAUAUAUACUGCUGAUGGGGUGACAAAAAUCACCAGCAUGGACCAGCUGGUGGAAGGUGAGAGCUAUGUCUGUGCAUCCAUAGAGCCCUACAAGAAGCUGGACUACACAAAGAAUGUUAAUCCUAACUGGUCAGUUGGUCCCAAGACUCUCAUGUCAGUCCGUGAUCCUGCAUCCCUGGGUAGCGCCAAGGCCGGAUGCUCUGAAACCAGGGAGACCAAGGACUUUAUUAAGCCCAAACUGGUGACCAUUGUCCGCAGUGGAGUUAAGCCUCGCAAGGCUGUACGCAUCUUGCUAAACAAGAAGACAGCACACUCCUUUGAACAAGUCAUGACUGACAUUACGGAUGCCAUUAAGCUUGACUCUGGAGUCGUCAAAAGGCUGUAUACUGUAGACGGCAAGAUGGUCGCCUGCCUCCAGGACCUUUUUGGGGAUGAUGACAUAUUCAUUGCCUGUGGCCCUGAGAAGUUUCGUUAUCAGGAUGACUUUAACUUGGAUGAAAAUGAAUGCAGAGUGGCAAAGUCUGCCUCGUACGGCCGACUCCCCACAAUACACGGCCGCUCUUCCCCAAGAAGUGGGGGGAUGUCACGUAGAAGCAAGUCCCCGUCAUCUGCUGGUUCAGCUAACGGCACUGCAGGCAGUCAGCUGUCUACACCAAGGUCUGGGAAGUCUCCAAGCCCCUCUCCAACCAGCCCAGCUAGCCUCCGACGACGAACGGGAUCUCUGCUCAGUGGCUCCUCUCUCUCUUUGGCUUCGACCAAGGUUUGUAGCUCAAUGGAUGACGGUGACGGGCCUGGAAGUGAAGCUGAGUCAAUGAAUGAGUACCACUCAGUCCCUCCCUCCAUAGCAGAGAGGUACAAAGUGGGGAGGACUCUAGGGGAUGGGAACUUUGCAGUGGUGCGAGAGUGUGUUGAGAGAUCCACUGGAAGGGAGUACGCUCUGAAAAUCAUCAACAAAGAUAAAUGCAAGGGAAAGGAACACAUGAUCCAGAGUGAAGUGUCGAUCCUUCGACGUGUGAAACAUCCCAACAUUGUACUUUUAAUUGAGGAAAUUGACACCCACGGUGACCUAUUUCUUGUGAUGGAGUUGGUUAAGGGGGGCGAUCUUUUUGACGCAAUCACCUCAUCCAACAAAUACACAGAACGAGAUGCCAGCUGUAUGCUGUUCAAUCUGGCAAGUGGCAUCAAGUACCUGCACAGUCUCAAUAUUGUCCACAGAGACAUAAAACCUGAAAACCUGUUGGUUUAUGAACACCAGGAUGGCAGUAGAUCUCUGAAGCUGGGUGACUUCGGCUUGGCUACUGUUGUUAACGGGCCCCUCUAUACCGUGUGUGGCACACCCACCUAUGUAGCACCAGAGAUAGUUGCGGAGACUGGGUAUGGCCUUAAGGUUGAUAUCUGGGCAGCAGGGGUCAUCACUUACAUACUGCUGUGUGGCUUCCCCCCCUUCCGUGGCAGCGGUGAAGAUCAGGAGGCUCUCUUUGAGCAGAUUGUAAGAGGUCUGCUUGAUUUCCCAGCGUCAUACUGGGACAAUGUGUCUGAUUCUGCCAAGGCUCUGAUCACUGGAAUGCUGCAGGUUGAGGCCAAUCAGAGAUACACAGCUGUACAGGUUCUGGAUCAUCCCUGGGUCAAUGAUGAUGGUGGGUCAGAGAAUGAGCACCAGCUGCCGGUGGCUGGGAAGAUCAAGAAGCAUUUUAAUACUGGGCCCAAGCUCAACAGCACAUCAGCAGGAGUGUCAGUCAUUACAACCACGGCACUUGAUAAAGAGAAGCAAGUUUUCCGACGAAGACGCCACCAGGAUGUAGGACUAGCUUCCCACUUCCCUCACGGUGCCCAUGCCGGUGCCUCCCACAGUGCCGAUGCAGGCCUCCCCAACUCUGAGUCUGAGGACAUUUCGCCAUGUUCCGCUGGCACCGUCCGUUCACCCAUCUCUCCGUUCUAACUGCCUUCAUGAGGUCAUACCAUCAUCCUCCCAGGCGUAAAAAGUUGGAUAAAGUGGAGCACAAAAUGGAGAGACCCAGCAUUGGGUUUAUUCUUCUUAUUUGGACAUUCACAGACUGCAGACGUCACCAUUUCUAUUCACUUUUUUUUUACUCUUUCAGUCAAAGUAUUUUUAUUUAAAUACAAAAUUCAUUGAUAGUAGUAAGGGACAUGUUAGUCUCUCUAAAAUACAUCUUAAGAGCCUGCAACAAUUUUCAUUUGUUUUCUUUUCUUAAAAAAAAGCCACCAAGCUGUUUCAGCCUAACUACACAGCAAGCACUGAUUCAUUGUAGUGCUUUGCAGCCCUCUGCUGGAGUACAGUGUGUACUGCAAAGUCGACCUGCUAAAUGAAACACUCAGCUCUUUAACGGGAAAUUCAACUGCAACACAAGAUUACAUAACUUUGUGAUAUGACAUGUUUCAUAUAACUAACCACACGAUCUCAGAUAGAAACACAUAACUGUAACUCACUCCUUACAACAGUGACUCAAGGUUGUACAGUAUGACACCAAGAUUUCUCUGCUGUUUACUUGAAGCUCUGGUGCAUACACCUUGGAGGAACUGUUAAAGAGAACUAAAGAAACUUAAAAAGACAUGCUGCUAUAUUGUAACAUAAGCAUUAUCUAAACAGGCUUUUUGUGUGUAGGACAGAUAAUGUCCUGCCAUCUAGUAGCUCACGUCUGAGACAACUGGGGGGCACAAGUGUUUGAUUGUUAAGGUCCUGCUCAUCUGGAAGCAGAAGUUCUGUUACAUGUCUGUGAGAGUGGUUGUAAUUCAGUAGUGGUAGAGAUGAAUGUUAGUGUUGUGUAGUUGAUUGUUAAGUGCAUGUUUAAAGCCUUGGCUUGGUAAAUAUGGAUUUAAGUGCAAUUAAGUGCACCCAGUGAGCACAGUAUUUUGAAUUUUCUUUUGAAAUACUGGAAAAAGUAAGAAUGUAUCAGUCGCGGGUGGUUAUCGAUAGCUGACGAACGUACUUCUCUCUCAGAUGGGGCAGAUAAGCUCUUGUGUAACAUGGAUGUUUUUCACACACUGAAAUGAGAAAAGUUAAAUGUUUGUUAACACAGCAGUGCUUCCAGUGAAAUCCAUUACUUUAAUAUUUGCUCAUUCAAUCAGUUCAUUUGUUUUUUUUACUGGUAAUAUGAUAAACAAAAUAAGUCUGGCUCACUAGACUCAAUGUACUGUAUGUUCUCUGACCACUUCAUACAUAGAUUCCUCACAGACCAAAUAUUCAUAGAUGUGAAUGUCCUCUUCCCAUCAUCAAAGACUGUAACCUGCAUGUGUACUAAUAUGCAUCCUGAAUCCGUUGUUCUGGUCUUCUACUGUUAGAUAUACACCUGUCAGAUAUAAAACUACAUCUGUAAUCACUGUAUGAGCUCUCUUGGUGAAUGCAGUUCAGUUAGGGAAGACGAUAAUAAUCAUACCACAGCUAUGUUAAGACUUGUAUAUACAUUGAACAGAAAUGUAACCUCUCCCCGCUGACAUUGUUGUAAAGGGCUUUUAAGUUUUGUAUUGGAACGGAAGGGAGUGAACCAAAAAGCACAAGGAAAGUAAGUUGUGUUAUGACUUUUUGGGAAUGUUUGCUUGUCAUGUUUAUAUGCAGUUUGACAAAUUGGUACUCAAAGAAGACUGGGAAUUUCAGUGUUAUGUGGACGCAGAUGGAAAAUGCGAAUGCUGUAUUAUAUUCAUCCAUAUUUCACUCAAUGCAAAGACAUAAAAGAAAUCUUGAUGAGGAAAAAAAACAGCUAAGACUUAUUUUCAGUUCAUGAAAAUAAAUGUAUUGUUGUGGUUAAAGAGAAAACUUCCAACCAUAUACUCUGCAAAGAAAUGAAACCUGGGAAUAAAAUUGAUUUACUAUG